GUGAUAUAUUGUGCGCGGAUUGAGAAAACAAACAGCUCGAAUAAUUUAAAAUUUCUAUAGGUUAUGUCGUACUCUAUGUGUUGUAUACGAACGUGAACCUGGCAACAACACCGCGAAAGCCGAACUCACUACGAGUACAGCGUUAUCUCACGAUGAUAAUAUUAUUAUGUCGCGUUAACAACCGUUUUGUGCGAAAAGCAUUACCAAAUCGUUCUUUUUUGCCUGCCGUCUUGAAGAAUCCGACGACAAAAAAUCGAAAGCGAAUCCAUAUGAACAAUGGAGUCUGAAAGGGUAUAUGAGUGGUCCAAUGCUUACAACAACCGCGUUUGCUCUUCGGACGAGUCGACGAAUACGGAGACGGAAAUCAAUCUGGCGGUCCGCGCAGAUAAGAUUUACAAACGAGCCCAGGAAGUGUACCGAAAAACGGAAACGCUGAAUUUAUCGGCUGGUGCCGAUGACAAAAAUGAUUUCUAUGACAUGCAGUCCACGCCGUGUUACUCAGAAUUGUCUUUUGAACAUUUGACAAAACUUCCGGCGAACGUUCCGGAACGCGAACAUAGAGUAUUAGUUGUCGUCUUACUAUCGAUCACAUUCUUCUUACAGAUGUUUUCGCGCGACUUUUGUGUACCGUUUUUUGAACCGACUUCAAUUGUUCUACCACAAGGAUUGCAGACUCCCUUAUCGCUGUUCCCUAUUUGGAACAUAGUCGUGGGCGUAUUGUUAACGAUUCCAGCUUGCGUGGGCAUCAACAAGUAUGGUAUCCGGACCUGUCUGUUGUAUUCUUGUGCAUUGUCGUCGUUUGGAGUGGGUGUACGGUGUCUGUCAACGAUCGGCGAUUCGACUUUUGUGUUGCACGUGUCUGCCGUGUUUCUGUCGAGUGCUUCGGUCGUCGUAAAACCUUUGACGGUCACCGUGUCCACUUGUUGUUUCCUGACCGGCGAAAGAAACACGGCAACAGGAUUUUUGACUUGUGCUUCGAUGGCCGGCGCGGCGGCCGGUCUCCUAGUGACAACGGUCUUGCGACAAGAACAGCCGUAUCCUCAGCCCGCAAUAACAAGUGAACAUAUGCGCAUCAAUAAUAUGAUUAUCUUAUAUCUGUCGUUUGUUGCAAACCUUGUUUGCCUGCUAUUCGCAUACUUCGUGUUCCCGCACGAACCCAGAAAGAGGAAACACUGCGAUCAAUCGACGGAAACCAAGCAAAAAUACGAUGUGCCAUCCGCAUGGUUUCUGUUGCAGACAGUUUUCAAGUCAAUACAGUACCUAUAUUAUCAAACUUAUUAUUACGAUAAACUUUUAAGAAUAUUAAAAUAUUCCGCGAACGAAAAUAAUUUAAAAUUUUACAGAAACUCCGAUCUGGUCUACGUCGCUCUUUCAUACGCGUGUUCCAAUGCGCUCUCUUGGCCUUGGUAUCAAAUGAUCGACAUCACGUAUUCUAAAGUUGGCUUUCCUCAGACUGUUGGUAAGGACUGCCGAUUGUGGAUGAUCAUUCACGCGUGCGUACUAUCGCUGUCCGUUUGCUGGUUGGCCGAUCGGAUAGUGGGAUCCAGCAAGCGUCUUGGGAUUUUGUGCCACUCUCUCGCCACGGUCUUUAUGCUGUGGGUCGUGUUAGCGUUGUGUGUCAAAAUUCUACGUAGGAGAACGAAUUCCCUGGUGUUUGGCGUCAUGUUUGCGUUUCCGUUGUCGUGGACCACGCAGAGUUUACUAUAUGAACUGGCCGCGGACUAUGCACAUCCGCUGCCGGAAAGCAUGGCCGUUGGUCUUAUCUGCCUGUUGGAAACGUCGUGUGAAAGUUGCAUGUACUUCAUACUGUAUGCUUUCCCCAAAUUCCAUUUGUACUGGUUGCAUGUGUUCACGUUCAUAGCUGGAUUAUUGAGCGUCAUAUUUAUCAUAUUAAUAAAGGGGAAAAAAUUCGAUAGAUAUUAUAACUAAAACAACAAUUUGUAAUAUUAGUACUUAUAAUUAUGUUUAA